AGGGAUACAGGAGGAUAGGUAGGGCUACAGCUGCAGACAGACAGAUGUGUGAUGCUCAGACUCCGCCAUGCAAGGGAACAUUUGCAUUCAGCGGCGUGAAGGUAAACUUUUACCCCCCUCACCCUCGCAUGCAUUGGCCGUGUGGGGCUGUCAUCAUCGGGAUCAUCUCGGAGCUUGCACACCUUCUUUAAAUCUUCAUGCUGCAACCAUUAAGGGUCGAUGGAGCGGAAACAGUGGACUGAAGUCGCGGCAGAUCCUGUUGAAUUGAGACGUCGAGACGCAGCCAAAAAGUGUCCUUGUGAGAGUGCGUCAGAGCUCGCAUGGAUGUAGUGGAUGAGGUGCUUGGCUCAGACAAGGAUUUGUCAUAUCACAUCCCAAACUGGCACGGAGAUUUUGGGCAAAACGAUCACCUCUUUCGGGACACAUCUCCAGACAUCACAGGAUUUAAUAUAACAGCAAGGAUCCUAUUUGUUUUAAUGUCUCCCAUAAAAUGGCAACCAGUGGUGACCAAGGAGGAUCAAAAGACGCAUCUGGAGGAUUUAACCACCUGAUGGAGACCACCGAAGAGACAAUGGUGACCACAUCAAGGCUUCUGCUGCUACGAGUGUGUGCGUAACAGGCCGGGCCCCCACUGCCCUCACCUUUGCUGGGGAAAUGAUGUCAUAAAAUAUUUGGAUCCACCUCUGAGCUGCAACUUUUACCCCUCACGGACAGAACCUUGUGACUUAAAAUGGAGUUUGCAAUGGUGGGUGCGGACGGUGGGUGCAACAGCCACCCGCCUUAUGGGUAUGCCCGUGCCCGGGAGAGGGAGCGUGAAAGGGCGGCCCAGUCGAGAGCGGCUGCAGCUGCAGCGGCGGCAGCGACCGAGGGCGGCCCUGGAGCAGAUGGAGCUGGCGUCGGCUCUGGGGGGUCCACCUCUUCAUCAUCCUCUUCCUCCUCCUCGGGCGCACAUCUCCUUAACAACCGCCAGCAUCCGUCUCGCACCCCCUCCUCCAUCAGCAGCGGCGGUAACGCCUCCUCCUCCACCUCCUCCUCUUCCUCGCAGCACCAACAGGACUCCGAGCAGCAGAGGCUCCUCAGAGAGCGCAAAAAGCAACGCGGGGUCGGACGCUGGAGACGGAGCCGGAGCUCUCUCGGCGGGGACCUGCGCCACUCCGAACUGGCGCUGCUCGGAUCCGAGGAGGACAUCAUGAUCGAGGAGGAAGAGGAGGAGGAAGAUGAGGAUGAGCGGGGAAGUAAGAGGUCCAGUCUUCUGUGCAACAUGGACGAUGAUAAUGAUGAUGAUGAUGAUGAGACAGUGUCCAUCACUGAUAGACGUCCCCAGUCCGGAUAUGAGAAUGUUUACAGUGAGUUGGGCUGCUGUGAAAGAGUUGUCAUCAACGUGUCGGGUCUCAAGUUCGAAACUCAGCUCAAGACUCUCACUCAGUUCCCAGACACGCUCCUAGGAGACCCGGACAAGCGCAUCCGGUACUUUGACCCUCUGAGAAACGAGUACUUCUUUGAUCGGAACCGGCCGAGCUUUGACGCCAUUCUGUACUAUUACCAGUCCGGCGGCCGCUUGAAAAGACCUGCCAACGUCCCCUUCGACAUCUUCUCCGAGGAAGUGAAGUUUUAUGAACUUGGAGAGGAGGCGAUACUGAAGUUUCGGGAGGAUGAGGGCUUUGUCAAAGAGGAGGAAAAGCCUCUCCCGGAGGACGAGUUCAAGCGGCAAAUUUGGUUGCUUUUUGAGUACCCGGAGAGCUCCAGUCCGGCCAGGGGAAUCGCGGUGGUGUCGGUGCUGGUCAUUGUCAUCUCCAUUGUCAUCUUCUGCCUGGAGACGCUGCCCGAGUUCAGGGAUGACAAGGAGUACCUGCAGCCCAAACACAACUCCACGCAGCCGGACCACGGAUUUACCCCCUUCAACGACCCCUUUUUCAUCGUGGAGACAGUUUGCAUCAUUUGGUUCUCUUUUGAGAUUAUCGUGCGCUUCUUCGCGUGUCCCAGCAAAACGGCGUUUUUUAAAAACAUCAUGAACACAAUCGACAUCGUUUCCAUUCUGCCUUACUUCAUCACCCUCGGCACGGACCUGGCGCAGCACCAAGGCAACGGCCAGCAGGCCAUGAGCUUCGCCAUCCUGAGAAUAAUCCGCCUGGUGAGGGUGUUCCGCAUCUUCAAGCUGUCCAGGCACUCCAAAGGCCUCCAGAUCCUGGGCCACACUCUGCGCGCCAGCAUGAGGGAGCUGGCUCUGCUAAUCUUCUUCCUGGUCAUCGGCGUCAUCCUCUUCUCCAGCGCCGUUUACUUCGCCGAGGCGGACGAGCCCACCUCGCAGUUCACCAGCAUCCCUGACGCCUUCUGGUGGGCCGUGGUGACCAUGACCACGGUGGGCUACGGGGACAUGAAGCCCAUCACCGUGGGGGGGAAGAUAGUGGGCUCCCUGUGCGCUAUAGCGGGCGUGUUAACCAUUGCGCUCCCGGUGCCGGUUAUAGUAUCCAACUUCAACUACUUUUACCAUCGAGAGACCGACAACGAGGACCAGACGCCGGUGGUUGAGAGCAUGCCGCCGGGAUGCCCAUACUUCCCGGACUUUUUACGCAAAUUUAAAGGAUCGCAGUCCGGCUCCUCGCUGGGGGACAAAGCGGAGUACAUGGAGAUGGAAGAAGGGGUGACGGAGUCCCUGUGCGGCCUGGACAAAAGUCCCAGUAAAGGGAACGGCACAGACAUAAGCAGAAGGAACAGUACUAACUCCAAAUCUAUUCAGACUGACGUGUGAUUAUAAUCAUUUUUGUUUUUUUAUUCUCCCCCCCCAAAUAUAUAAAUUAUUAGACACCCAAACAAGCUUUACGCACGGGUCAUGCAGAGCUCCUCCUCCUCCUCUCCCUCCCCUUCAAGCAGGUCACCAUGGUUACAAGGUUAAAUAAACUGUAACCACAUUAUUAGGACCAAAAUUUGCCAAAUGGCUCAUUGAUUUAAUUCCGCUAACUUUUUCUGGCUUCCAAAUUAGACAAAAAAAUACAUAUAUAAAAAGUAUGCUCUGCACUCUGCACUUUAUGUGUUAAAUCGUCAUGGUUAGUGCAAUAAUGCCAAGUUAGAUUGACACAUUAUUAGAGACUGGAGGCCAUAAGAAUCACAGUCAUCAUUUGGUCAUUUCAAAAUACUUAAAUGGUGCAUCUCAAUAAAUUAGAUGUGGUGCAAAAGUUAUUAUAUUUCAGGUUCAAUUCAGGCUAAGAGACCGUUUAACGGAAGUUUUUGCUGUUUAUUGGCUGAUUGGAACUCUAACCAGUAGUUUACAAUAUUAAACUUUUUGAAAAUGUUUCAAUAUCAUCUAAUAAUCUAAAAUUAUUGAAAAAAAAUAAAUACAUUGUCGAUAUAUGUCACUCUGUGUGAAUAUAAGACUUCAACUUUUUAAAUAGAACAACUGAAGUAAAUUACCUAUUUACAGAUAUUCAAAUUUAUUGAGCUGCACCUGUAUUUUGAUAACCCCCAGAAGGAAGGGGAAAAAAGUUGUCUUCUUAGAGCUCCUACACUUGUAUAAAGAGAAGCUCAUCGAAAGGGCAGUGCAUUUAACGGUCAUCACACAAAGCAGGGCCAGAAUUAAUCAUGUUGUACUGUACAUGUGCACCCGAAGCACACAAAUCACCAUAUUUUAACACAUGUGACCCUCCAGCUUUUUAACGGACAGGCCUCCAUUCAUGACAAAAGUGUCCCCAAAACAUUUGAAGUCACCUCUAAAUGAUAAUAUCCCUUUACACAGACACAAAUGGAACACUUAAGCAAAAACAAAAACAGUCUUUGUGAGGAGGUUGUGAGCAACGUCCCCCAUGUUAGCUGGACUAUAUAUUUUAUUUUUUACUCAAGAGGACUACGAUGAUCUCUGUGCUCAUCUGGAUGUGGACGUCUUCCAAGCUCUGCCAGUUGCAGGUAGUAAACACAGGAAGCGGCAGAGAACAAACACUACAAUGGUGGCUGUGAGUGGACGCUGAAAAAGAACAACGUCUGGAGGGGACUCACCAAUGAGGAGACACGGGGGGAGGAACUACUACUGUAUGAAAAAGGUCAACAAACCCUGCAGGGUUAAGUAAAGUGUGAUUGCCUUAAUUACCACACAUUUACAGAUGUAUGAAGAGAUGAUCUCAUGAGACUUACACUCAAAUGUUUUCUUUACAUGUGGAAAAAUGUCUUGCUAGAAAGAGGUGUGGUUAUUUUAAUAUGCUAGGUUUUCCUGUCAACAGGAGGUUUUAGGUGGUUGGUAAUAAAUGGUGACUUGUCUCUCUGCUUAUGUGCAGUCGGCCGUAUGACUUACUAUUUUUAUCUUUUUCAUAUUGUCAACCAAACAAGGCUGACCCAAGUUGCUCAAAGGCUGGCAACAAACUUUAUGAGUCCACGUUGUGUCAUCGCACUAAAAUCCUCCUCACUGAGAAAUGGCUUUUAGGGCUGCAAGACAAAUUAUCACCAUGUUGUCAGCGCAUUAACAUCCACUCUCACUAAAACAAAGAUGUCAGGCACAUAAAUCCAAUCAUAAAUAUCCGCCACACACCUUCUGUCCCGGAAAGUCUACCGCAGCAUAGCCAAGAUUGACCCCUCUUAAAGACAAUUAACCUUAGGUUGUUUUCUCAGAUGCAAACAACAAACGGGCCAGCUGCUUUGUUGACGUGUUUCCACUUUUAAGUGUAUGCAAAGUAACAUGGAUGUGUGUUCUCUAUUUUUUUAAACCUAGCCUUGAUGAAUACAUAACCAAAGGUGAAACCUUGAAUUUAUUGUAUGUUGUGCACUUCUCGGAAAAUGUCGCAUUGUAGAUGCGCACUGACUAGGAGACAAUGUAUAUAGCAGACAUUUAUACUUGUGUGUCCUGAGAUGUGUUGCAGAUGUCCGAUGACCUUCUAACUUUAUUUGACUGUUACGACCAUCGAUCAUAAUUAUGUGUUUGUCUGAUACGAUCAUGUUGCUCAUAUUGUUGUGAUUGCUGCUCUCACACUCCUAAUUGUCUUAUUUUUAUUUAUUUUUUUAACAUUUGCCCAUCAAAAAGUCAUUCAUUCAUAACCCAAGGUUGCUGAUGUUUGGGCAUUGAGGAGUUGUUUACUGACAUGCCUCUUUUAUUGUAAUAAGUGUAUUCAGUCUGUUAACCAUACUGGAUUUAGAGCCCUCUAUCUUUUUAUAGCAUUUUUUUCUCCUUUAGAGAAAAUCCAAAGUACAUUAUUUGAACAAUUUAUAUCUGUAAUUACCUCACAGCUUGUAUCCCAGACAAAAAAAAAAAAAAACUCUGAAUGUUCCCCAUGUUUCCAUACUGUCAUAAAAACUUGUAACCAUACAAGAUAGCCACAGUAGUUUUAAAAUUGAUGUCAGUAGUUUUGUUGAAAAUUCCCCCACGAGGAGGUGUUUUUAUUGGGAAGGAGUCGAUUUACUGUAUGGGUCGUCACUCCGGGUGCUUUAACACCAGAGAUACCGGAUUCAAAUUUGCAGUGUUGUUUCUUGCUUGGAAAAAAAAAACAAUACAGAGGAUAUUGAAGUAAAUACAGUAUAUACAGCAUAUAUAUUUAAAGGUGCUCUUUAGAAUAAAAGGAGUAAAGUGAACAAAUGACAGCUAUGAGACUAAUUCCAGUACUUUUUUUUGGUCAACAUCACGUAAAUAUUUUGCAUUGUAAGCCCUCGAUGACGACAAUAUGAAUCAACCUAGAUCGAGGGUCUUCAGCUUUUCACUAUUAGAGCUACUUUGACAAAAAGAAAGGAGAGGUGAGCUAUGUGUGUUUUAUUUAUAUGACUGGAAAGAUUGAAAUUGUACUUUAUUUAUUUACACACUGUGUGGUCAUUGUCUUUAUGCUAUUUUGUGGUCAUUUGUAAUCCGAAUGUAAAGGUGACUAUACGGGUGUUAGUUCAUGUCUAGAGAGCUGUAAACAGGUUUUCCUGAGGUUGGACCUCACAAGUUCCAAUUUGGAUAUUUCCCACAUCCCAGCAGUCUUGAAUGCAGCAUUAGCACCAAAAUAUUUUCGCAUCAGGCCCACGUUGGCAUCCAAUGGUGGAAUCUUCCCCACAGUGCUUCCUGAUGAGAAACAUUCAUGUCUAACCUCCAUGACAAAGCCCAACGUGUCACUUGUGCACUGCUGGAGAGUGUGUUUAUGGAUGAUGCCUUGAGAUGAAAACGAGCGCAAUUAGAAGAACGUGACGAGCCUUGGAAGGCACCACCUCCAGUCACCCUGAAUCAAGCAGCGCCACAGGAGAGGGAAAGAAAUCCGUUUAACUGGACCGUCUCUGACCCAUUUCCUCAAGCAGGCUAUUAAUUAAUAUAAUGAAUGUGGUUUGAGGCUGCGGUUAUGUCAACUAGCUGUGACACAGUGCCCUCCCUUAAAUCUGCUUUCAUCGGCACAUCACAGUACUACAACAUUAAUCACGACAUUGGCGCCGAUUGAAUGACUCUCGGAACUAAUUAAAAAAAAGGUCUUAAUCCAGAAUUAGGACACAGUUUGCACGUGGACGCUUGUGACGCUUGUGUGUGGUUCAUUCGGAAUGCCUUUGAAAUAAUAACUUAUUGUUUGCACCGAUGUUGAAAUUACUUUCUGGUAUAUACUUUACAACGUUUUCUAGAGCGAGACAUAUUGGCUGGUGUGGCACACGGGAUAUCAAUGAUAUGCUGAGCUCUCAAUAUGAUGAGAUAUACUACAAACUAUGAGCGUGAGUCGUGAGAGUUACCUGUGUUUGUCAACAAUUGCCUUGGUUUUGUAAUACAUGGAUAUAUCAAGUUGAUAAAACGCACCUGCGCACACAUAAAACCUUGUAACAAUCAAAAGAUUGAGCAAUUACCAAAAACACAACUAAAUUGUCCGAUGGUGUAAAUGUGACGUCAGCACCCCCAGUGUAAGUGCUGAUAUCAGCACUCCAAUACAAUCAGUCAAUUUCAAACUCUGCUUUAGCUCUUCUAUCCAGCAGAGCUAUCCCGGAUAGAGGUCAUGUGACAACAGUGUGCGCUAACGGAGAUAGCAAGGAGCCGGAGCAUCGUCAAAGUCUGAAAAAGACUUUGCAGUAGCAUUUUGUCUUACGACGUUUUGUGGUUAUGACGCACUCCCAUAAAUGAUGACCGCAGUCGUCUCUCGUUUAUCGCAAUUAAUUGGUUCGAGACACGACCGUGAUAAUUGAAUUUCCGCAAAGUGGGAUUCAGUGUUCAUAAAUGGAAAUUUUUUGUUGUUAGAGCAUAGAAAACCUGUUUAUUUUACCAUUAUUACAGCCCUGUAGACAUGAAAUAACACCCCUUUAGCCAACUUUACAUUUGUACUACCCAAUAUAGUCGACAUAAUAAUAGAAAAUAAGCCAUAUUAGACAUAAAAUCUUAGACUCACACAUUAGCACAGACAGCGUACUUACUGAGGUGACUAUUGUAACAGUACUGACAUUUAGUGACCAGUGUAGAAUACUACUCUACUGCCACUCUUUGUGGUUGAGGACAGACACACGAUGCACUUCAAUCGCUUGAUUAACAAGCAAAGAACACAUGCAGUGAACAUUCACACAGGAGCUGCUGUCGGCCACUAGCACUCAGCUUUAGUCAGCUCUAACUAGCUGAUAUCACACAUGUCCCUUCCCAGGCCCCGUUUCUUAAAAGGUGCACACAACAAGUCAUAGAAUCUGUAUUAGACUUCAUAUAACGUCUUCUGAACGCCUUAUAUUUGUAUUUUCGUUCAUUUAGACAUUUUUAUCCUUGAAAAUGCUUAAUUUAGGCCAAUAUAUAUAUAUUUUUUUUACUAAUAAUAGGCCUUGUUCAACCACGAAAAAGCAAUCAUUUAUUAAUUCAUGAAUUUUUGAAAAACCGUGAUAGAGUGAGGGAGCGAUGUUGGAAUUGCAAUGUAGCAAGGGACGACUCUACUCUACAAAAAGAAAAAGAGAACUAGUUCUGUCUGUGCAUGUGGUGAAAGAAUACGUAGUCAAGCGUCACGACACUGAAGUCGGACGGCGUCACUUUUGUUCUUUUUAGUUAACCUUUUCCCCUUCAUUUUCUGAUAAUGUUGCAUCAAAGAAAAGGAAAGUGAAAAGUGAAGUGACAUUAGCAAAUCGUAAAAUGCUCCGAAUGCUUGGUCUAUGAUGCUCAACGCCAAGACCAUUAUCAAGGAUAAAGAUGGUAUCGUUGAACAUGUAAGAGUCUGCUCCAAUGAAAUGGACAGUGAUAACUAAGCAGCGUAGUGAUCUCAUUAUUAAGACUUCCUCCACAGGAGUUCUCUUACUUUUAUUAACAUUUAAAUUAAUUAUUGUACAUAAUAUUUUUAUUAGCGCUGUCAAAUGAUUAUUAUUAUUUUUUGCCAGAUUAAUCACAGUUUUUAAAUUAAUCAUAAUUAAUCACCAUUAGCAACUAUGUCUGAAAUAUGCCAAUUUUUACUGUAUUUAAUUAACAGGAACAUAAAUAACAGGGCAGGGUUAUAUAUAUUUGUAUCAAUUAACAGCUCCGAAUGAACUGAAUAUUUCAAUCAAACUAAAAUAUACCACACAAGUCUAAAAAUGUAUCUGCCUAACACUAGUCACUUUAAUAGUAAGAGAACAUUUGAAUAACACCUAAACCCGUGUUUUCUUUAUCGUCCUGUUUAUUUACACACAUACACACACACACGCACGCACACAAGCAUUAUAAAGCUGUUUUUGUGAUGUUCGGAGUGUCCCUGAAUGCAUCUCACGUUCUUGUAAUGACAAUAAGGAAGUGUCGUUCCCAGGAUGAACAGACUAGAGACGUGUGUGAGUUGGAGAUAGGUAGAGUAUAUGGUGUUGGAAUCGUACUGCUGUUGAUGUGUUCAGGUCAGAAUGAAGUUGUAAAAGAGCGUCAGACUCUGUGUGACUGUGCUUCCGUCUGCCGUCAUGACAGAGAGGCGCGCUUGCUCUGGUGCGCAUGCGUUAAUUACCUAAAAAAAUGUAGCGUAAUUAAUUAAAUGAAUUAGUGACCGCCGUCAAUGCGUUCUUUUUGACAGCCUUACUUUUUCUGACUGCAUUGUAUAUGUUCUUCAUGUGUUCUGUCUACUGUGUGAGUGACUUUGGUGUUAAUUUUGCUAUAGUGUAAGCAGAAGGUCCGACUUCCGCAAAAACUCGACUGACAUCAGUGUCGUAGGAAUGGAACCCGUACGUAGAGCGAGGAGCUCCUGUACUCUUCCAAGUUGGCAUUCCACCGUGUUUUGUUCAUGUAGAAACACCGCGAGUGGCUGUACUGUGGGGGGUUGUUUUCAGCAGGUUGUCUUGCCAUGUUUGCAUUAACAAUAUCUCAUUAAUGCAAAUAUUCCACAUUAUAAUACUUAUUUGUAAUGGAAAUAACAGCCAAGGCUGUGGCGACCCCUACAGAUGUCUGAUUUUAAGUCAGACCUCUGUUGCUGCUGGCUCUCACGUUAACACAAACGCUGGUGAGGACAUCAGAUAACACUCCCAACAAGGUGAGAGGAGACAAGUUAAAUUCUAAUGAGGCCCGCCAGCUAGCAAACACGGUGGGGCUAUGUUCACAUGGUUCAGAGGUGUCACAGCCACUGGGCAGAGGAUGAUGAGGCCAUGCACAACACACAAUUUACAGUUAUUCUUCUACCAACACUUACAUCGCAACCAUCGUAAUACCUGUAAAGCUCAAACAGUUCAAACAGAUGUCGAUGCGUUGCUGCUGUCUAUCAAUUUGCUCAUAAUACUGUGAAUUGUUAUUACAGCAUUUCUUCAGAACAAGAUGAAUCCAGCCUAAACUAUCGAAAACAUAGAAGGUCAUAAAGUCCAAAACGGCAUUUCAAUUAUUCUCUGACCCUUUUAUGUUGUAUAAUUUCCGAUAUGAGUCAAGUUCAAGUCUGUUAUGGGUAUCUAAAACCCCUGUACGUUUGACUGGUAGCGAAUGUUGUCCUCUGCGGAAAAAAGACUAAAUGAAGUGGACCAAAGCUAAGCCUAUUAUCUUGAUGUUGCCCUUUGGCAGCAAAACGUCUGAAAAGGCUGAAUUUGUAAAAGAAAUGACAGUAAAGGGUAUCAUUUGGCAUUAGAUAACACCAGAAAGAAGAUGCCUGUUGCAAAGUAUACACGUACUACACUAACACAGACCAAAAAUUAGCUAAAACUAGUUAACAUAUGCUCAGAACUUAUGAUAUGUGCCGCCGAUUUUACAGUACCGUACAUGUGGCAUUUUAUUUGGAUCAUGUUGAAUUUUGUGUGUUAGUACCAUUACAGUGAAUUCGUUACCCUACAAAUUUGCAGAUUUUCUAUCAAAACAUAAUUUUCUGUAUUUUGGGUGAAUACGCCCAUUUGUGCUUUCUGUCUCCAAAAAAGUUUUUGUUUGUUGUUUCCUUUUCCACAAAUACCAUCUAAUUUACCCUGAGUUUGCAGGAAUUUACAAAUAUAAAAAUUUACAGACAGUUGUCCCUCAUUUAUGUCGGUUAAUUGGUUCCGCGAUUGGUACCGCGAUAAGUGAAUUUCCGUGAUGUAGCAUUCAAUAUUAAUAAACUGAGUAUUUUCUUAGUUAGAGCAUAGAAAACCUGUUUAUGGCUGUCUAAAUAAGAGAUUUACCAUUAUUAGAGCCCCAUAGACAUGUAAUAACACCCCUAUAGUCACCUUUAUACUCCUAUUAUUCUUUAUUUACAACACAUUGCUCAACUGUAACGUGCUAGCUAUGGGAUCACUGCAGGGACAUAAGUGAUGGCCGCCUCUUCGCAUGCUACCGAGCUAAAUAGUUAGCCUCCUAUUUGUUUAUUCUAAACUUAUGAAAGGCUUUAAAAUGGAGUGGGGAAGAAGGACAAAGUAAGAAGCCGAAGAUGUACCACUUCCACACGAAUGGGAGGAAAAUGUUUUUUUCACUCUAUCAUGCCAUGGCUGACUACCUGCAGUGUUAAGGUAAUGUAAUCUAAUGUCAUGUCUCAUCAGUGUAACAUUACUAACGCCUAGUGACCAGAAUACUACAUAUAACUUGUUGUUCAAUAUUUUUUGGCUAAUAAUAUUCAAUAGUCAACCACGAAACAGCGGUUAUUUAUUAUAUUAUUAUUAUAAUUAAGAUUAAAAAAAAAACACGACUGAGGCAGCGAUAUUCAAACUGCGAUGUAGCGAGGGACUGUAUGUGAUAAUCAAGCAUAACAUGUCAGCGUAGUACAUGCAUAAUAACUGCAAAUGCAAAUGCAUAAUAAAUAAUAAAAAAAAAUACAUAGCAUAUUGUGGUAAGCAUGUGUCACUAAGGAAAUAGUAUAGGCAAACUUCAACUUGCUUUGAGGAAGUACUCUUUUAUUUACUAAUAGUAGCGUAACAAACAUACACCCACACAGCACAACAAAACAGAGGGUCAUCAACUCGAACCGCUAUCUCGCUCAUAUUUUUUUGCCAUUUUUGGUGGUCUCAGAAUGUAACCUUCGCAGGGGUCAACUUUACUUGGACUUUUUUUCCUUUUUUUCUCAUCAAUUAAUAGUAAUUUUAGUCGUGCUGACAUUAUUAAUGGCUGCUGUUUUGUUUAACAACUUUUAUGGAACAAUUACAUAAGCACCAAAUGAUUUAUACCUUGGCCAAAGAGGUAGAUGAGUUUAAAGAUAGAUUUUGUUUCUUCAUCAAAUAUGAAUAAAUUCAUAUUUAAAUAAAUAAAUAGUUGAGUAGAAUGUAGCAUGUCUACAUGCUAGACGUUAUCCUUUUUAGUGUCACUGGGUUACAAACAACUUCUGUCCUAGACUGUGCUGUAGGUUGAAUUUUUAGUGUAAGUUGGAAUUUAUACCUGAAUUAUACCUAAAUUAACUCCUAAGUCACUCACACUGCACACAGAACACAUGAAGGACAUAUAAGUCCUUACUUUUGUUCCUGUGGUUGUCCUACCUUCUUAAAAUAUUGUCCCAGGCUAGUCUGGAAGGACAGGAACAUCCUCCUGUUCUGUAUCUAUCUCCGAUCUCCUUGUAACAGUGCACAGAAUCCAUGACACCUCCAGCAUUCUUUAGCAGCAUUCAAUACUCUUUAUCCUUAAUAGUGACCGCAACAGUUGAGCUGUUCGGACCAAAAGAGCGAACAAUAUUGGUGGGUGUGUCUCCUCUCUCUGAGCUUUUCAUGAUGUUCAUUUUCACUUCCAUGGUGAUGGCUUUCCUUUUCUUUAGCACACUGCUGCUAGGCAGACAUAAUGAAGUGCAAAACGUUAACUAAUAAGCAAUGUUAUCCUUCCUGAUUGUAGCUGUGCAGGCACCUACUGUAUCCUUCUGCUGCACAAUGCAUUUUUGCAUACUGGCUGUGCACUAGUGCUCGAGUGAGUCUUGCGUUUACGGACCAAAAUUAAGUAUUUAAUUAAUUUAUGAGAGACUGUCAUGAAUCAAGGACAACCUGUGUGGAAAGUACUUGAUAAAAAGGGAUGUCCAAUAUUAGCUUUUUUGCCGAUAUCCGAAAUGCCGAUAUUGUCCAACUCUCAAAUUCCGAUUCCGAUACCGAUAUCUAUAUGUCUAACAUCGCACAUAACUGUUGUGAAGCUAAUGGAUACAGCAUCAGCCAUUAGCUUCGCGACGAACUGGACUCCACAAGUUUGGUGACUCUGUCGUCGCACUGGUUAUCCAGUGCAAUACACGCCACGAUUUCCCGAUUGAUGAUUUUUGCCCUCGGAAUCGGAAAUAUUGAAGAAAGAAGUCUUGGUUCUGCCUCGCAUAACCAACACUUUGCAAUCAUUGCAAAUGGCAAGUUUAAUAUCUCAAGGAGACACGCCAGACAUAGCGUUAGUCAAGAGCGAGCUAGCUUGUUACUAGCCAGACACGUUUUUUUUACACUGUUUAGAUGCAGUUUGAUGAGGUCAUCAUUUGCGCACUGAGAAAUACCGGUACCCGAUUCUGAUAUUAAAUUUUUCUGCAAAUAUCGGGCGAUAGUAUUGGUAGACCGAUAUUAUCGGACAUCCCUACUUAUAAGUGAUGUUUUUGACACAUCAUCUUUUGACACUUUCUUGUGCCAUUGCCAUCUAAAUGACACCAUUUAAACAAAUUGGGGACUGCGGUCUUACUGGGGUAAGACUUUUGGUCAUUUUGGACACUCUCAUCAUUUUUUCUACAUCAGCUCUGGUUAUUGAGAUAUGAUAUACACUCGCCCUUAGUUUAUCGUGGUUAAUUGGUUGCAGACCCGACCGCGAUAAGUGAAUUUCCACUUUCAAGUAGGAUUCAAUGUUAAUAAAUGGAAUUUUCAUAGUUAGAGCAUAGAAAACCUGUUAAUAACUUUGGAAAUAUGUUUUUUUAAAACCAUUAUUAGAGCCCCGCAUUCAUGAAAUAACACCCCUAUAGUCACCUUUACACUUCCAUUAUUCUUUGUUUACACGACAUUGCUAAUGCACAGGCUACGGGGUCACUGCAGGGACAUGAGACUGAGCAUGCUUGGGAGCUAACUAGUUAACCUCCAAAUUACUUAUUCUAAACUUAAGAAAGUGUUUCAAACAGAGUGGAAAAGGACAGAGUAAGUAGUAAAAACUUACCACUUCCACACACAUUUGGAGAACUUUUUUUCACUCUAUUAUGUUAGACAUGCCCUGGUGACAUGCAGUGUCAAGGUAAUGUAAUGUAAUGUAAUGUCGUCAAUGGUGUGUGUCAUUACAUGACACAUUAGAGAUUACAUGACGCCUCGUGACCAGAAUGCUACAUAUGACUUGUUUUUCAAUAUUUUUUGACAAAUAAUGGACCAUAGUCAACCACGAAACUGCAAUCAUCAAGUAAUUGAUACAUUUUUGAAAAAAAUGCAAUAGAGUGAGGGAGCUACCCGUAACUGUUUUGCAUCCAACCCAACAGGGCACAAGGGUUGAUCACAAAUCCUUACAGAUCCUUUUUUUGUUCCCCUGUCGCCCUGUGAUGGUUGUCUGCAAGUUCAUAUUUUUCAUUACUGUUAUUUGUUGCUGAGGAAAUGUGCUUUAUUUUGGAAUUUGUUGUAAAGUCUCAUCAUAUAUGCUCAGCAUAUCAAAUAAACAGUCACUCUUCGGGAGGAAAGGCACACAACAGAAGUCAUCAUCUUCACCUGAGAUUGUUUUUGGACAUGUUCAGAUGAAGGGUUCGCUGAAGUGGUUAUGUUCAAAAGAGAGCUCAGUAUAAAUGUAAUGCUGAGUUAAAGAAACACACACACACACACACACCAGGUUGUCAAAGUGAUUAUGUUCAUUCAUGCAGUGUCCUCUGUUAGAUAAGAGCGCGAGGCAAAUGAAUGCAUGGCUGUCAGAGUGCCCCUGAGCAAAGCAAAGCAAAGCAAGGCAAAGCGUCUCCCACUGCCGCUGUGUGCGAGCACGCUUCACACCAGCCAUCACUCAUCAAGCAGUGACACAUUAGAGGUGAAGCUUAAGGUGAAAUUAAAGACACAGGACGAGAAUAGAAUUUCCAUGUCAACACCAUUUUGACCGUGUGAAAAAUGCCUUUUGUCAAAUCAGCAGAUGAAUCAGCGGCCGAAAGAACACCACUGUGUUUAAAAUAGAAUAUACAAAUGAAGAUUUGAGUGUAUUCACAAAGGGAACGUUGGACGGUUAUUGCGAGUCUAUGCACUUCAGACAUCUGAGGCCACGUCAACGAUUAGAAGGUUAUGGCUCACUUUAUCUACAUUAGUCAUCGUCACAAUCAUCGUCAACAAAGAUGCUCUUUGCAUGCAUGCUGCAAAGCUUACGUACUUUGCAGUCGCAGUGGGAAAAGUGAGCACUUAUUAGAGGUGCUGUUUUGGGCCUGCAGUUGCUAAAAUGUUGCUGCUUCACAUAUCCAUUCUUCUUAUCACUCAUCACAAAGGAAUAACUGAUUAUUAUUCAACAUGUACAAUAUUUCUACAGUUGAGGUGUAAGAAAUAUCCAUGUGACUUUUGUCCAGCCUUGCUUUUGAUCUGCAUGAAGCUUUGUUUUGAGAAUAAUGCAUCCUACAAUGAAGUAUGUUUGAGUUCUUCUUCUUAUCUCUCUCUGUAUCUUUGGAGUUUCUGUCUUUCAUUUUUUAUGAUUAUUAUUUUUUGGUUAAACCUCCAGCUGAAUUUUCUACAUUCACAACAUUUUGUAGGCAGCAAUAUGAGAUGUGAUUGAAAAUGGAAUACGUGCAAUGUUGAAUAAAGAAAAAUACAAUAUAUUCAAUAAAAACUCUUAAAACAACUUUUUUUUUUCCCCAAGAUGUGCAUUUUUUUCUCAAAUAAAUGGGCGUGAUGAAUGUAAUCAUGUUUGUGUGAGCGGAAUAAUGAGGAACUAAAGAAAAGGCCACACAAACGUGACUAUUUUGCUAUGCAAUUUGGUCAAGGGAGGUUUAGGUUUUGGGAUUUUUCUUUCUUUAAGCAGCAGGGUUUGUCCAAACUUUUUCUGCCGAGGGCCUCAUACUGAAAAAUGCCCAUAAACACCUACAACUAUUAGAUUAAAACACAUGUUUUUAAUAUUUAUAGUUUUACAUGCAGAAAACAAUGCAAAUUAUAAAUUCCAAAUGGCAAAUAAAAUGAAUAAAUGAACAUUCAACAUGACUUUUAUUUUUCUCUAGACCCGUGGUUCUCAAUUACUUUCUGUCAUGCGCCCCCCCCCCACAGGGGACAGAAAUGUUUGCACGGCCACCCCCGAUUUGAAAUACUAUUGAGAAACUGAUAAUAUCUAUUCAUCUAUCUGAACUCAAAACUGAAACAGGAAAAUGCAACAAA